CUCAAGUUUUAAAAAAAAUUAUAAGUUACUAUUUUGCUUAUUAAUUUUUUAUAAUUUUUUAGCAUUUCAGACUGCAGUUAUGCCCUAUACAGUAUCGUAAAAUAAUGAUUAAUAAUCGGAUAACAAUGAUGACAAAACAAUAUUAAAUUAAUUAGCAUUUACUUACUAUGAAUUAAUAAAAAAGAAGUUGAUUGUAAUAUAGUAUUAUUUUCUCCAAAACUGACACGAUCAAUUAUGCCAUGAACUUGGAUUGCCUACUACUAAUCGUUGUGCUACUUACAUUCUGCGUUCAUUUAGCACAGCCAUCUACAGGGCCUGGGAAAACGACAAUUUAUGAAACAGAAUGUAAAUAUCUACGAAUGGGACAAUUCAUGUGCCCCGAUGACGGGUACGAAUUUAUUGACCCAGAAACUCAACAAUUGCGCGGAUGUACUAAAGACAAUGUUGCUCAAGUUCGGUGUAAAGCAAGUGACGGUAUUGUCUGUUUAGAAACCAAAAACUCAACAUUCUGGAAAGAAUUCCCGUGUAAAUGGACCAAUGGUUACCAUUAUGACACAACACUGCUGUUGUCUAUUUUUCUGGGCAUGUUUGGUGUGGACCGUUUCUAUUUAGGUUAUCCAGCAAUUGGUUUACUGAAACUAUGCACACUUGGGUUUAUGUUUAUUGGCCAGUUGGUCGAUGUAGUACUUAUUGCAACACAAAUUGUUCGUCCAGCUGAUGGAUCACAUUAUAUCAUUCCUUAUUAUGGUCCUGGCAUUAACUUCAUACUCAUGGACAACGAAACUUACAGACAACCACAAGAUGACUGUUAUAUCAGAAUUUGGGGUAUUCAAUAUCAAGAAAAACCACUUACAGUAACCAGUUACAGCCUACGAACAAAAUUGUCUAUACAAGCCUGCAGUUGUUCCCCCAACUAAUCACUAGGUUUAUCACUGCUACAGACCCGUUUAUUAUAGCACUCAUAAUAUAUAAGCAAUUAUAACAAAAAUGUAUUAAUUUUUAAAAACUAUGUCAAAGUAAAUUACAGGUGAUUUUCUGUUUAUAUCGUAAAUUGGUAAAGUACUUU